AUGUCAGGGCGGAAGGAAAGGACCGAUGGUAUUGAACAUUCGAAAUCUCGAGCACGCAUCGGGCGAGCUUGUGACCGUUGCAAGCUUAAAAAGUCAAAGUGCGAUGGCAAUAGCCCAUGUUCGAGUUGCGUGGCAAGCGACAGCACCUGUGAAUACAGCGUCCGCCGCCGACGUGAGGCGAGAGACUGGUAUUGGGGCAUGCAGGAUAUUAUCGAUGAAGCGUUGCAAAGGCUUUACUGGGCAUGUAGGGAGGGUCGAGGAUUUCCUGGCGUCGUUCCCGAUGAGAGCGGUGGCAGAGUCCCGACCGAUGCGAUCCUUCGAGGCUUGGGGUUGACUCCUCCACCAGUAGAGCGCUUGGGUCUCGGCACCACCCAGUCGGAUUCUGCUCUGGAUGGCAUCGAACGAGGUUCCGAACCGUCAUAUCGUCCACCGGACGUCCAGUCAGAUCGUCUAUCCAGGGCUUCGACAAGUUCCUCGAGGCCAACACCACGAUCGGUGGUGAGCGAGGACCGACCCAUUAUGGGUGACGGGGUGUCAGGGUUGGAUGGGCCAGGACUGCGCACCCAGAGGCUGCCCACGCAGACACAGCCAGGGCAUUCAUCGGUGAACCUGUCCCAUCAAUUUUCCGACGGCAUGGACGGUGCAAUUGAUCCUGUAAUGCUUCAAGACGGUGAAAUGGACAUGAUGAGCCUCGGUGGUGCGGUAUUUCCGGAGGUGGAUUCACUGCAUUUUCAACCGAGCGAACAGACGACACAGACUGACGAGCAACCGCCGCCUCCAUCCAGUCACACACCGAUGCAGUCUCAAAGCUCACAGGAUGUGGGAAUGAUGUCCAGCCAUGGCUCAGGGUGGGCCAUCCAACGAGGGUUACAGCCUGCCGGGACGUUGCCGUGGCCAGGCACCCUGGCGGCGGUGUACAGAAGUACCAAACAAGAGCUUGAUGGGAGUUCUUUCCACGGUUCAAGUCCACAACAGUAG